AUGCUUCGCGACGGAGACAACGAAAAAGACGGAAAAAAAGAGGAAGAAAAAUUCGGCGACGGCGGCGGUGAAGAGGAAGAAGAAGGGGGGCGCACGAAUCGCUCCGCGGCGUUGAUGUUGAGUUCGAAACCUGAUACGAAAGGCGGGGGCGCGCAGACGGCGUGGUAUCACUUUUCGCAAAAGCAUCUGGAGGAUCCUCUGGAUUCGCCCGAAGGGGGUUUGGCGACGGUCCCGCAGGAGACGCGAUCCGAGGAGCGGAGGAUGAAUCCUGACGCCCCUCUGGGGGAUCACGAGCGACGCAUGCAGGAGUUUCACACCAGUGCGGCGGAGAUUUUUAAAAAGAUCACGAGCAGUCGGGAGGAAUUUCUCGCGCAAUGCACGAGUAUUGUUAGACAAACCGCCGCCAUGCGCCGGAGUAGCGGCAAGGGGUCGAUCGCAGACAACGAUCAUCCACGAGAAGGCGUCGUUCCCGAAGACGGGAGUGCGAAACCCGCAAAAGAGAUUUCAUAA